UAACAUGGACAUUUAAAAUGAGAACUUUAACACGAGAAAAAAUCAGAUAUAGAAACCGUAUCGUCUCAGCAGUUCCUGGACACUCCUAUUAUGACAACGCAGAGUUCAUCCCGGAUGAUGUCCGCACAUCUAAAAUUCCCUACGGAAAGAUCUUUAAAAGAGACCAAUGGGGGGCACUACCACCCCGUAAAUCAGACGGAAAACUCUGGAUACCGGUCAUGUACGUGAACACUGUCUGUGUGUUUUUGGAGGACGAAGAUGGGGAAAUUGAGAAAGGCUUAAAGGGUCCAGAGGCUGUGAGGAGGUUUCAGAAACUGGACAUGGAAAAUGGCAUGAGCGACAUACGGUCAAAUUUCAUAAUCGACGAAGACGGUAUGAUCUAUGAAGGUAGAGGGUGGGAACAGAAGCCUGGCUACAUCAAACCAGACUACCCAGAUAAACAAUUGGAAUGGCUGGAAAUAUGCUACAUUGGGGACUUUACCAAGGAGGCACUAAACCAUCCUGCACACUUCGCCACCGCCAAACUGUUGGAUAUGGGCAAACAUAACAAACAAGUAUCAAGAGAUGCCUUACUGAUACCACCAAAAGGAUUUCUCUAUGAGCGUAAACGUGUUCACGUGCCUCGAUAUUUACCUCACAACUCAAUAAUAAUGUCUUCAUAAUUUGAACUAAAUAGGAGUGGAAUGCAGUGAUCAAAUAGAGAGAAAACAGGGGAAGAGUUGUGGACGCCUCACAGGAAACCCAAAAGAGGAAUAUUGUUUGUGUGAUGACUUUUUAUACAUUUCAAAUACAUUGUUAAUGUAGUUUUACUAUCCAACCUUCGCGUGGAUAAUGAGUGGGAUGUCUUAUCCCUGGAAAUAGCCAGGAAUUCUGUUUUGGAAUAUUCGUUUGGUAACUAGAGAUUUUUAUUAUAAUGUAUUUUACUAUCUCGAACUAAUCCUAUCUGAAUCUUCGAACU